AUGCCGCGCUCCUUCCUGGUGGACUCGCUGGUGCUGCGGGAGGCGGGCGAGAAGAAGGGCGAGAGCAGCCCCCCGCCGCCGCUCUUCCCCUACGCCGUGCACCCCUCGCACCCGCUGCCCGGGCUGCCGGCCGGCUCCUGCCACGCGCGCAAAGCCGGGCUGCUGUGCGUGUGUCCGCUGUGCGUCACCGCCUCGCAGCUGCACCCGCCGCCGCCCGCCAUCCCCCUGCUCAAGGCCUCCUUCCCCCCGUUCGGCUCCCAGUACUGCCACCCGCCCCUCGGCCGUCAGCAGCACUCCGUGUCCGCCGUCAGCGUGGGGCACGGCCCGGCGCUCUACCAGGGCGCCUACCCGCUGCCCGACCCCCGGCAGUUCCACUGCAUCUCCGUGGACAGCACAUCGAGCCAACUGCCCAGCAGCAAAAGGAUGCGCACCGCUUUCACCAGCACGCAGCUUCUGGAGCUGGAGAGGGAGUUCGCCUCCAACAUGUACCUCUCCCGGCUGCGGCGAAUCGAGAUCGCCACCUACCUGAACCUCUCCGAGAAGCAGGUGAAGAUAUGGUUCCAGAACCGCCGGGUCAAACACAAGAAAGAAGGCAAAAGCGGAUCCCACCGGGGAGGGGGGCCCGGGCACAGUUGCAAAUGCUCGGCCCUUUCCACCACCAAGUGCUCGGAGGACGACGAGGACUUGCGCAUGUCUCCGUCCUCUUCGGGGAAGGACGACAGAGGCCUCGCCGCCACCCCCUGA